AUGGACCGGGUUCUACAAAUUAAUGUGAACCAUAGCGGUCCAGCGCAGGCCCUGGCACUCCAGGUUCUGCGGAAAGAGAGGGCAGGAGUCCUGGCCAUUGCGGAGCCACAUAGAGUCCCGGACUCCCCGGCUUGGGCCGGGGACUUGGACAACAGGGCGGCAGUUACGUGGUUCACCCGUCCGGGCAACCGACCCAUGCGCGGAGUCCUCGAAAGAGGCCACGGAUUUGUGGCGGUUCGUUGGGGGCGGGUAGCUCUUUUUGCCUGCUAUUUCCCACCGAGCAUGUACGCGGUCGACUUCCGCGAGGGGCUAGGGGCCUUCGCGGACAGCAUCCGAUGGGUGGGAGGAGAUUCGGUGCUGGUACUUGGCGACUUUAAUGCCAAGUCCAGUACCUGGGGUUGUCCUCGCACAGAUAGAAGAAGCCACGAGGUCGAUAGGUGGGCGGUCGAGCUUGGCCUGUACGUUUUAAACGCGGGUCGGGCUCCGACAUGUGUGCGCCCCCAGGGGACGUCCAUUGUCGACCUCUCCUGGGGCUCCGCGAGUGUCUUGCCGCUGGUGCGAGGAUGGCGAGUGCUCGCUAGGAGCGAGUCCCUCUCCGACUACCGCUACAUCACCUUCGGGGUGGCCGGUGGUCGGGGGGGGAGGGGCUCCGAGAGCUCGACCGGCAAUGUUCCCUCGCUGGAAGAUCAAAGAGUAGGACCUCAACCGGUUUGA